AUGACAUACUUGUCAUUGGUGGUGGUGCCACUGGUGCAAGUGUCGCCCUUGACGCUACUAAUCGUGGCCUCAAAAGUAGCUAUCGUCGAACGUGACGAUUUCAGCAGCGGCACGAGCAGCAAAAGUACCAAGCUGGUUCAUGGAGGUGUCCGUUAUCUCGAGAAAGCCGUCUGGAACUUGGAUUAUAACCAGUACUUGCUCGUCAAGGAGGCUCUGAAGGAGCGCAAGUACUUCCUACAGACGGCUCCCCAUCUGAGUUCCUGGCUCCCCAUUAUGCUGCCCCUCGAUAAGUGGUGUAAAGCUCCCUAUUACUGGGCCGGCACUAAGUUCUAUGACUUUCUCGUUGGCAGUGAAGGCAUUGAGGGGUCUUACUUUCUGACUCGAAGUAAGGCACUUGAAGCCUUCCCUAUGCUUAAGCCCACGGAUCUUGUCGGUUCUCUCGUGUACUACGACGUCAAGGAUCUUGUUUCCGUAAAGGAUGGUCAAUCAGCCAAGCCCAUCACUGUUGACGCAAAGAGUGUCAUCAACUGUACGGGGCCUUUUACUGACUCUGUCCGAAAAAUGGACGAUCCAGGCUGCAAGGAAAUUAUGGCCCCAGGAUCUGGAGUUCACGUUGUUCUCCCUGGUUAUUUCAGUCCAGGAAAAAUGGGAUUGAUCGAUCCGUCAACGUCUGACGGCCGGGUCAUCUUCUUCCUCCCAUGGCAAGGCAACACUAUCGCAGGCACCACCGAUUCCCCUUCGACUAUCACACAAAAUCCUCUACCCGACGAGAAGUCUAUCGAGUGGAUCCUGAGCGAAGCAAAUGGCAGAGGAGUGCGUAGACUUGGCCAUUCAAGAAUUCGUCUCGAGCCCCAGCCUGUUACAGAUGCACCUCGCGUCAGCGGUACCGAUCUAGUUGACGAUGGGGCAAUAUUGGAUGGCAAAUGUCAGACGCACAAGGUUCGUUUAGUUGGUGCUCACGGCUUUAGCCCAACACUAUUCAUCCCUAUUAACCAGCACUUUGGGGUUGAGACUGAGGUCGCCAAACAUUUGACCGAAUCCUAUGGUGAUCGUGCCUGGACUGUUGCCUCACUUUGCAAGCUGACUGACAAGUGCUUUCCCGCCCGCAGUGAACGCAUCUCUCAGCUCUAUCCAUUUGUUGAUGGCGAGAUUCGAUAUGCUAUUCGACACGAGUACGCCCAGACGGCCGUUGACGUUCUCGCUCAACGCGAGCGACUGGCCUUUCUCAAUGCGCAAACAGCCCUCGAAGCCCUCCCCUAG